AUGAGGAACAAACGCAUGCCGCGCAGGCAGCAGCAGCAGCAGCAGGAGGAACAGCAGCAGCAGGAGGAACAGCAGCAGCAGGAGGAACAGCAGCAGCAGGAGGAACAGCAGCAGCAGGAGGAACAGCAGCAGCAGGAGGAACAGCAGCAGCAGGAGGAACAGCAGCAGCAGGAGGAACAGCAGCAGCAGGAGGAACAGCAGCAGCAGGAGGAACAGCAGCAGCAGGAGGAACAGCAGCAGCAGGAGGAACAGCAGCAGCAGGAGGAACAGCAGCAGCAGGAGGAACAGCAGCAGCAGGAGGAACAGCAGCAGCAGGAGGAACAGCAGCAGCAGGAGGAACAGCAGCAGCAGGAGGAACAGCAGCAGCAGGAGGAACAGCAGCAGCAGGAGGAACAGCAGCAGCAGGAGGAACAGCAGCAGCAGGAGGAACAGCAGCAGCAGGAGGAACAGCAGCAGCAGGAGGAACAGCAGCAGCAGGAGGAACAGCAGCAGCAGGAGGAACAGCAGCAGCAGGAGGAACAGCAGCAGCAGGAGGAACAGCAGCAGCAGGAGGAACAGCAGCAGCAGGAGGAACAGCAGCAGCAGGAGGAACAGCAGCAGCAGGAGGAACAGCAGCAGCAGGAGGAACAGCAGCAGCAGGAGGAACAGCAGCAGCAGGAGGAACAGCAGCAGCAGGAGGAACAGCAGCAGCAGGAGGAACAGCAGCAGCAGGAGGAACAGCAGCAGCAGGAGGAACAGCAGCAGCAGGAGGAACAGCAGCAGCAGGAGGAACAGCAGCAGCAGGAGGAACAGCAGCAGCAGGAGGAACAGCAGCAGCAGGAGGAACAGCAGCAGCAGGAGGAACAGCAGCAGCAGGAGGAACAGCAGCAGCAGGAGGAACAGCAGCAGCAGGAGGAACAGCAGCAGCAGGAGGAACAGCAGCAGCAGGAGGAACAGCAGCAGCAGGAGGAACAGCAGCAGCAGGAGGAACAGCAGCAGCAGGAGGAACAGCAGCAGCAGGAGGAACAGCAGCAGCAGGAGGAACAGCAGCAGCAGGAGGAACAGCAGCAGCAGGAGGAACAGCAGCAGCAGGAGGAACAGCAGCAGCAGGAGGAACAGCAGCAGCAGGAGGAACAGCAGCAGCAGGAGGAACAGCAGCAGCAGGAGGAACAGCAGCAGCAGGAGGAACAGCAGCAGCAGGAGGAACAGCAGCAGCAGGAGGAACAGCAGCAGCAGGAGGAACAGCAGCAGCAGGAGGAACAGCAGCAGCAGGAGGAACAGCAGCAGCAGGAGGAACAGCAGCAGCAGGAGGAACAGCAGCAGCAGGAGGAACAGCAGCAGCAGGAGGAACAGCAGCAGCAGGAGGAACAGCAGCAGCAGAGGAACAGCAGCAGCAGGAGGAACAGCAGCAGCAGGAGGAACAGCAGCAGCAGGAGGAACAGCAGCAGCAGGAGGAACAGCAGCAGCAGGAGGAACAGCAGCAGCAGGAGGAACAGCAGCAGCAGGAGGAACAGCAGCAGCAGGAGGAACAGCAGCCGCAGGAGGAACAGCAGCAGCAGGAGGAACAGCAGCAGCAGCAGCAGCAGGAAGGAACAGCAGCAGCAGGAGGAACAGCAGCAGCAGGAGGAACAGCAGCAGCAGGAGGAACAGCAGCAGCAGGAGGAACAGCAGCAGCAGGAGGAACAGCAGCAGCAGGAGGAACAGCAGCAGCAGGAGGAACAGCAGCAGCAGGGACAGCAGCAGGAGGAACAGCAGCAGCAGGAGGAACAGCAGCAGCAGGAGGAACAGCAGCAGCAGGAGGAACAGCAGCAGCAGGAGGAACAGCAAGCAGCAGGAGGAACAGCAGCAGCAGGAGGAACAGCAGCAGCAGGAGGAAACAGCAGCAGCAGGAGGAACAGCAGCAGCAGGAGGAACAGCAGCAGCAGGAGGAACAGCAGCAGCAGGAGGAACAGCAGCAGCAGGAGGAACAGCAGCAGCAGGAGGAACAGCAGCAGCAGAGGAACAGCAGCAGCAGGAGGAACAGCAGCAGCAGGAGGAACAGCAGCAGCAGGAGGAACAGCAGCAGCAGGAGGAACAGCAGCAGCAGGAGGACAGCAGCAGCAGGAGGAACAGCAGCAGCAGGAGGAACAGCAGCAGCAGGAGGAACAGCAGCAGCAGGAGGAACAGCAGCAGCAGGAGGAACAGCAGCAGCAGGAGGAAACAGCAGCAGCAGGAGGAACAGCAGCAGCAGGAGGAACAGCAGCAGCAGGAGGAACAGCAGCAGCAGGAGGAACAGCAGCAGCAGGAGGAACAGCAGCAGCAGGAAGGAACAGCAGCAGCAGGAGGAACAGCAGCAGCAGGGAGGAACAGCAGCAGCAGGAGGAACAGCAGCAGCAGGAGGAACAGCAGCAGCAGGAGGAACAGCAGCAGCAGGAGGAACAGCAGCAGCAGGAGGAACAGCAGCAGCAGGAGGAACAGCAGCAGCAGGAGGAACAGCAGCAGCAGGAGGAACAGCAGCAGCAGGAGGAACAGCAGCAGCAGGAGGAACAGCAGCAGCAGGAGGAACAGCAGCAGCAGGAGGAACAGCAGCAGCAGGAGGAACAGCAGCAGCAGGAGGAACAGCAGCAGCAGGAGGAACAGCAGCAGCAGGAGGAACAGCAGCAGCAGGAGGAACAGCAGCAGCAGGAGGAACAGCAGCAGCAGGAGGAACAGCAGCAGCAGGAGGAACAGCAGCAGCAGGAGGAACAGCAGCAGCAGGAGGAACAGCAGCAGCAGGAGGAACAGCAGCAGCAGGAGGAACAGCAGCAGCAGGAGGAACAGCAGCAGCAGGAGGAACAGCAGCAGCAGGAGGAACAGCAGCAGCAGGAGGAACAGCAGCAGCAGGAGGAACAGCAGCAGCAGGAGGAACAGCAGCAGCAGGAGGAACAGCAGCAGCAGGAGGAACAGCAGCAGCAGGAGGAACAGCAGCAGCAGGAGGAACAGCAGCAGCAGGAGGAACAGCAGCAGCAGGAGGAACAGCAGCAGCAGGAGGAACAGCAGCAGCAGGAGGAACAGCAGCAGCAGGAGGAACAGCAGCAGCAGGAGGAACAGCAGCAGCAGGAGGAACAGCAGCAGCAGGAGGAACAGCAGCAGCAGGAGGAACAGCAGCAGCAGGAGGAACAGCAGCAGCAGGAGGAACAGCAGCAGCAGGAGGAACAGCAGCAGCAGGAGGAACAGCAGCAGCAGGAGGAACAGCAGCAGCAGGAGGAACAGCAGCAGCAGGAGGAACAGCAGCAGCAGGAGGAACAGCAGCAGCAGGAGGAACAGCAGCAGCAGGAGGAACAGCAGCAGCAGGAGGAACAGCAGCAGCAGGAGGAACAGCAGCAGCAGGAGGAACAGCAGCAGCAGGAGGAACAGCAGCAGCAGGAGGAACAGCAGCAGCAGGAGGAACAGCAGCAGCAGGAGGAACAGCAGCAGCAGCAGCAGGAGGAACAGCAGCAGCAGGAGGAACAGCAGCAGCAGGAGGAACAGCAGCAGCAGGAGGAACAGCAGCAGCAGGAGGAACAGCAGCAGCAGGAGGAACAGCAGCAGCAGGAGGAAACAGCAGCAGCAGGAGGAACAGCAGCAGCAGGAGGAACAGCAGCAGCAGGAGGAACAGCAGCAGCAGGAGGAACAGCAGCAGCAGGAACAGCAGCAGAGGAGGAACAGCAGCAGCAGGAGGAACAGCAGCAGCAGGAGGAACAGCAGCAGCAGGAGGAACAGCAGCAGCAGGAGGAACAGCAGCAGCAGGAGGAACAGCAGCAGCAGGAGGAACAGCAGCAGCAGGAUGAACAGCAGCAGCAGGAGGAACAGCAGCAGCAGGAGGAACAGCAGCAGCAGGAGGAACAGCAGCAGCAGGAAGGAACAGCAGCAGCAGGAGGAACAGCAGCAGCAGGAGGAACAGCAGCAGCAGGAGGAACAGCAGCAGCAGGAGGAACAGCAGCAGCAGGAGGAACAGCAGCAGCAGGAGGAACAGCAGCAGCAGGAGGAACAGCAGCAGCAGGAGGAGAACAGCAGCAGCAGGAGGAACAGCAGCAGCAGGAGGAACAGCAGCAGCAGGAGGAACAGCAGCAGCAGGAGGAACAGCAGCAGCAGGAGGAACCAGCAGCAGCAGGAUGGCACAGCAGGCAGGCAGGAGGAACAGCAGCAGCAGGAGGAACAGCAGCAGCAGGAGGAACAGCAGCAGCAGGAGGAACAGCAGCAGCAGGAGGAACAGCAGCAGCAGGAGGAACAGCAGCAGCAGGAGGAACAGCAGCAGCAGGCGGCACAGCAGCAGCAGGAGGAACAGCAGCAGCAGGAGGAACAGCAGCAGCAGGAGUAACAGCAGCAGAAGGAGGAACAGCAGCAGCAGAGGAACAGCAGCAGCAGGAGGAACAGCAGCAGCAGGAGGAACAGCAGCAGCAGGAGGAACAGCAGCAGCAGGAGGAACAGCAGCAGCAGGAGGAAACAGCAGCAAGAGGAGGAACAGCAGCAGCAGGAGGAAACAGCAGCAGCAGGAGGAACAGCAGCAGCAGAGGAGGAACAGCAGCAGCAGGAGGAACAGCAGCAGCAGGAGGAACAGCAGCAGCAGGAGGAACAGCAGCAGCAGGAGGAACAGCAGCAGCAGGAGGACAGCAGCAGCAGGAGGAACAGCAGCAGCAGGAGGAACAGCAGCAGCAGGAGGAACAGCAGCAGCAGGAGGAACAGCAGCAGCAGGAGGAACAGCAGCAGCAGGAGGAACAGCAGCAGCAGGAGGAACAGCAGCAGCAGGAGGAACAGCAGCAGCAGGAGGAACAGCAGCAGCAGGAGGAACAGCAGCAGCAGGAGGAACAGCAGCAGCAGGAGGAACAGCAGCAGCAGGAGGAACAGCAGCAGCAGGAGGAACAGCAGCAGCAGGAGGAACAGCAGCAGCAGGAGGAACAGCAGCAGCAGGAGGAACAGCAGCAGCAGGAGGAACAGCAGCAGCAGGAGGAACAGCAGCAGCAGGAGGAAACAGCAGCAGCAGGAGGAACAGCAGCAGCAGGAGGAACAGCAGCAGCAGGAGGAACAGCAGCAGCAGGAGGAACAGCAGCAGCAGGAGGAACAGCAGCAGCAGGAGGAACAGCAGCAGCAGGAGGAACAGCAGCAGCAGGAAGGAACAGCAGCAGCAGGAGGAACAGCAGCAGCAGGAGGAACAGCAGCAGCAGGAGGAACAGCAGCAGCAGGCAGGAACAGCAGCAGCAGGAGGAACAGCAGCAGCAGGAGGAACAGCAGCAGCAGGAGGAACAGCAGCAGCAGGAGGAACAGCAGCAGCAGGAGGAACAGCAGCAGCAGGAGGAACAGCAGCAGCAGGAGGAACAGCAGCAGCAGGAGGAACAGCAGCAGCAGGAGGAACAGCAGCAGCAGGAUGAACAGCAGCAGCAGGAGGAACAGCAGCAGCAGGAGGAACAGCAGCAGCAGGAGGAACAGCAGCAGCAGGAGGAACAGCAGCAGCAGGAGGAACAGCAGCAGCAGGAGGAACAGCAGCAGCAGGAGGAACAGCAGCAGCAGGAGGAAACAGCAGCAGCAGGAGGAACAGCAGCAGCAGGAGGAACAGCAGCAGCAGGAGGAACAGCAGCAGCAGGAGGAACCGCAGAGGAACAGCAGCAGCAGGAAGGGGAACAGCAGCAGCAGGAGGAACAGCAGCAGCAGGAGGAACAGCAGCAGCAGGAGGAACAGCAGCAGCAGGAGGAACAGCAGCAGCAGGAGGAACAGCAGCAGCAGGAGGAACAGCAGCAGAAGGAGGAACAGCAAGCAGCAGGAGGAACAGCAGCAGCAGGAGGAACAGCAGCAGCAGGAGGAACAGCAGCAGCCAGCAGGAGGAACAAGCAGCAAGCAGCAGCAGGAGGAACAGCAGCAGCAGGAGGAACAGCAGCAGCAGGAGGAACAGCAGCAGCAGGAGGAACAGCAGCAGCAGGAGGAACAGCAGCAGCAGGAGGAACAGCAGCAGCAGGAGGAACAGCAGCAGCAGGAGGAAACAGCAGCAGCAGGAGGAACAGCAGCAGCAGGAGGAACAGCAGCAGCAGGAGGAACAGCAGCAGCAGGAGGAAACAGCAGCAGCAGGAGGAACAGCAGCAGCAGGAGGAACAGCAGCAGCAGGAGGAACAGCAGCAGCAGGAGGAACAGCCCACGCAGCAGGGAGGAACAGCAGCAGCAGGAGGAACAGCAGCAGCAGCAGCAGCAGCAGCAGGAGGAACAGCAGCAGCAGGAGGAACAGCAGCAGCAGGAGGAACAGCAGCAGCAGGAGGAACAGCAGCAGCAGGAGGAACAGCAGCAGCAGGAGGAACAGCAGCAGCGGAGGAACAGCAGCAGCAGGAGGAACAGCAGCAGCAGGAGGAACAGCAGCAGCAGGAGGAACAGCAGCAGCAGGAGGAACAGCAGCAGCAGGAGAACAGCAGCAGCAGGAGGAACAGCAGCCAGCAGGAGGAACAGCAGCAGCAGGAGGAAAGCAGCACGCAGGAGGAACAGCAGCAGCAGGAGGAACAGCAGCAGCAGGAGGAACAGCAGCAGCAGGAGGAACAGCAGCAGCAGGAGGAACAGCAGCAGCAGGAGGAAGAGCAGCAGCAGGAGGAACAGCAGCAGCAGGAGGAACAGCAGCAGCAGGAGGAACAGCAGCAGCAGGAGGAACAGCAGCAGCAGGAGGAACAGCAGCAGCAGGAGGAACAGCAGCAGCAGGAGGAACAGCAGCAGCAGGAGGAACAGCAGCAGCAGGAGGAACAGCAGCAGCAGGAGGAACAGCAGCAGCAGGAGGAACAGCAGCAGCAGGAGGAACAGCAGCAGCAGGAGGAACAGCAGCAGCAGGAGGAACAGCAGCAGCAGGAGGAACAGCAGCAGCAGGAGGAACAGCAGCAGCAGGAGGAACAGCAGCAGCAGGAGGAACAGCAGCAGCAGGAGGAACAGCAGCAGCAGGAGGAACAGCAGCAGCAGGAGGAACAGCAGCAGCAGGAGGAACAGCAGCAGCAGGAGGAACAGCAGCAGCAGGAGGAACAGCAGCAGCAGGAGGAACAGCAGCAGCAGCAGCAGGAGGAACAGCAGCAGCAGGAGGAACAGCAGCAGCAGGAGGAACAGCAGCAGCAGGAGGAACAGCAGCAGCAGGAGGAACAGCAGCAGCAGGAGGAACAGCAGCAGCAGGAGGAACAGCAGCAGCAGGAGGAACAGCAGCAGCAGGAGGAACAGCAGCAGCAGGAGGAACAGCAGCAGCAGGAGGAACAGCAGCAGCAGCAGCAGGAGGAACAGCAGCAGCAGGAGGAACAGCAGCAGCAGCAGCAGGAGGAACAGCAGCAGCAGGAGGAACAGCAGCAGCAGGAGGAACAGCAGCAGCAGGAGGAACAGCAGCAGCAGGAGGAACAGCAGCAGCAGGAGGAACAGCAGCAGCAGGAGGAACAGCAGCAGCAGGAGGAACAGCAGCAGCAGGAGGAACAGCAGCAGCAGGAGGAACAGCAGCAGCAGCAGCAGGAGGAACAGCAGCAGCAGGAGGAACAGCAGCAGCAGGAGGAACAGCAGCAGCAGGAGGAACAGCAGCAGCAGGAGGAACAGCAGCAGCAGGAGGAACAGCAGCAGCAGGAGGAACAGCAGCAGCAGGAGGAACAGCAGCAGCAGGAGGAACAGCAGCAGCAGGAGGAACAGCAGCAGCAGCAGCAGGAGGAACAGCAGCAGCAGGAGGAACAGCAGCAGCAGCAGCAGGAGGAACAGCAGCAGCAGGAGGAACAGCAGCAGCAGGAGGAACAGCAGCAGCAGGAGGAACAGCAGCAGCAGGAGGAACAGCAGCAGCAGGAGGAACAGCAGCAGCAGGAGGAACAGCAGCAGCAGGAGGAACAGCAGCAGCAGGAGGAACAGCAGCAGCAGGAGGAACAGCAGCAGCAGGAGGAACAGCAGCAGCAGGAGGAACAGCAGCAGCAGGAGGAACAGCAGCAGCAGGAGGAACAGCAGCAGCAGGAGGAACAGCAGCAGCAGGAGGAACAGCAGCAGCAGGAGGAACAGCAGCAGCAGGAGGAACAGCAGCAGCAGGAGGAACAGCAGCAGCAGGAGGAACAGCAGCAGCAGGAGGAACAGCAGCAGCAGGAGGAACAGCAGCAGCAGGAGGAACAGCAGCAGCAGGAGGAACAGCAGCAGCAGGAGGAACAGCAGCAGCAGGAGGAACAGCAGCAGCAGGAGGAACAGCAGCAGCAGGAGGAACAGCAGCAGCAGGAGGAACAGCAGCAGCAGGAGGAACAGCAGCAGCAGGAGGAACAGCAGCAGCAGGAGGAACAGCAGCAGCAGGAGGAACAGCAGCAGCAGGAGGAACAGCAGCAGCAGGAGGAACAGCAGCAGCAGGAGGAACAGCAGCAGCAGCAGCAGGAGGAACAGCAGCAGCAGGAGGAACAGCAGCAGCAGGAGGAACAGCAGCAGCAGCAGCAGCAGCAGCAGCAGGAGGAACAGCAGCAGCAGGAGGAACAGCAGCAGCAGGAGGAACAGCAGCAGCAGGAGGAACAGCAGCAGCAGGAGGAACAGCAGCAGCAGGAGGAACAGCAGCAGCAGGAGGAACAGCAGCAGCAGGAGGAACAGCAGCAGCAGGAGGAACAGCAGCAGCAGCAGCAGCAGCAGCAGGAGGAACAGCAGCAGCAGGAGGAACAGCAGCAGCAGGAGGAACAGCAGCAGCAGGAGGAACAGCAGCAGCAGGAGGAACAGCAGCAGCAGGAGGAACAGCAGCAGCAGGAGGAACAGCAGCAGCAGGAGGAACAGCAGCAGCAGGAGGAACAGCAGCAGCAGGAGGAACAGCAGCAGCAGGAGGAACAGCAGCAGCAGGAGGAACAGCAGCAGCAGGAGGAACAGCAGCAGCAGGAGGAACAGCAGCAGCAGGAGGAACAGCAGCAGCAGGAGGAACAGCAGCAGCAGGAGGAACAGCAGCAGCAGGAGGAACAGCAGCAGCAGGAGGAACAGCAGCAGCAGGAGGAACAGCAGCAGCAGGAGGAACAGCAGCAGCAGGAGGAACAGCAGCAGCAGGAGGAACAGCAGCAGCAGGAGGAACAGCAGCAGCAGGAGGAACAGCAGCAGCAGGAGGAACAGCAGCAGCAGGAGGAACAGCAGCAGCAGGAGGAACAGCAGCAGCAGGAGGAACAGCAGCAGCAGGAGGAACAGCAGCAGCAGGAGGAACAGCAGCAGCAGGAGGAACAGCAGCAGCAGGAGGAACAGCAGCAGCAGGAGGAACAGCAGCAGCAGGAGGAACAGCAGCAGCAGGAGGAACAGCAGCAGCAGGAGGAACAGCAGCAGCAGGAGGAACAGCAGCAGCAGCAGCAGGAGGAACAGCAGCAGCAGGAGGGAACAGCAGCAGCAGGAGGAACA